AAACCACUACCAUCAGUGAAGUUUUUGAUCAAUAUGAAUUAAAAAGUAUAAUAAUUACAAAACUUUGGAUAAUUGUAGCCUAUAUAAAUAUAUAAAACUUCGAUAAGUUACUUGUGUUGUCUAUACUUACUUUCUUACCAGAAAAGCUGAUAAAAUAAUAAAAAAAAGAUGCUGAAAAGACAGAAAACAAAGUGAGUAAUGAAAAUUAUUUUCUAUAAUUAAUAAAAAAAGUUUAUCUUUCUGAACUUGUGUCUCAAUCAUCAAACCUUUGCUCUUACUGAUAAUGUCACCACAGGGUAAUAGGCCAUAUUGCAGACAGAAACAUAUGCAGAGAGAGGGAGAGACAAGCACAGAAAGAAGGAGAGAGAGUGAGGGGUGUACUUUGUUUAUGACAGAACAAUCUGUCAGAUAACGCAUCCCUCAUAAUGGUUCAAAGUCCAGACCUACCCCAUUCAAUGAAACACACUGGCAUAGUUCACAGAGACAUUACACAUCUCCCAGUUGUGGAAUACGUGGCCCACAUCUGAGCUGCGUGUAUGACUGCUUAGGCCAGAAGAGAGAGAUGGACAUCCUGGAGACAAGUGCCUAUGACCGCAAACAACGCAGAAACACGUGGUGUGUACUGUUUCUUCACCUCCUCCCUUUUUUUGCAUCCUGCACAAUAUACUUCUAUUUGUGGAUCCCAGACUCCGCCCCCUCUCUUCUAGCGGCUGGCAUAAAGGCCGCUCCAAUCCUAUCGCUGGUCUUUCUGGCGUUCAGCUAUAAUGGGGGACGGAGUCUCAUGGGUGUGGCCGGAGGGUUGCUGCUCUCAGCGGGUGGAGAUGUUUGCCUUAUUUGGCCAGAACUUUUUAUCCAUGGAAUGGGCUGUUUUGCUCUGGCCCACUUGCUUUACUCUGUCACCUUCCUGUCCUCACGAUAUUCUGCAACAUCUUCGUCUUACUCAUUCUUUUUCCUCUACCUCGUCCUGUGGUUGAUCGGUGGUGGACUUUAUGUUUACCUGGUGCCCUUCCUACGGCUUGAUCCAGAAGCUGACGUCCUCGUCCCAGCCAUAGGGGGUUAUGUGCUGCUCAUUGUCAUCAUGGCGACACUGGCUGCUCGUACACGGCGGCCGCUCAUCCUGCUGGGCAGCCUGGUCUUCAUGGCUUCUGACCUUACAAUUGCACUGACAAAGUUCAAUGUCAUUGAUAUAGAACACGAAAGGCACAUUAUUAUGACAACAUACUACCUGGCACAGCUGAUGAUUGCACUGGGUGACGUGAAGGCAGUGCUGGAGGAGGAUGCUGAUGAUAUCCACAAGUGGAAGAGAUCAUAAAACUACUGUGAACUCAGGAUAUUGGUUCAAACACUACAUUGUGCAUCAUCAUCACUGAAAAGGGUUGAUUGUGGCAUAAAAUGAGGCACAUUUGGAUAAACUUGUGUCUGUUUUGCAGUAAAUGCACAACUACUGUGUGGACAUGACUUAUAUCCCUAAAUAUCAGAAAUAUUAUACAGUCUGACCUAACAACUGAGACUUCUAGUUUCUCUAAAGCAGCUGUAAACUUAUCACAAAAGACUCUGUGCUAAUAUGAACUGAUUUUAUUAAAUUUAAAUGUAUUAAA